GGAAGGUAGAGAACGUACAACUGGAACUUGACUCAGCUCGGCUUUGGAACAAGCGUCAGCUUCUGCAACCAGCUCCAUGCCAUUGUAAUGACGAAUCAAGUGUGACUGCAACUCAGGGGAUAAUUGAGAAGCAUUGUUUUAACCAAAUCAAGUGUGGAUCAGGGUAGAAGCGUAGGUAUGAUUUAAGAUAGUAACUAAGGAAUAGGAUAAUCAGUAUCUAGGAGUGGAGGUUAGUUAACAUGUGUAUAAUUUAAACUAUACAAAUCACAAAGCAACUCUGUAUUUUUGGGGCACAAGAUUUGGGCACUGUAUGCCCCUGUGUCCUCGCGCGCAAAUAAAGAACCGCAUAUGAUCGCCUUCGUGUGGUUAUAUGUUUUCCUACGCUAACAUUUUUGGCGACACAGGACGGGACCUUGUGGGCGCAGCCAGGACUCCGCGACCCGAUCACGCUCCAGCCGGCACUGGGUGAUUUCUCGGGGAGCCCAUCGGUGCCGCGACCCUCGCCGCUCACAACGACCCCUGGUGAGAGCUCGGCUUCGAAGUGUUCUCGUGUGGAACAGACCACUGGCCCUGGAGAAUCCAGUCCACAUCGAACCAGGAGAUGAAGUAUACGUCAAAACCUGGAACGAAGAACCACUAAAAGAGAAGUGGACUGGUCCCCAUCAGGUACUGCUAACCACCUUUACAGCAGUCAAAGUGGUUGGAGUGGAACCCUGGAUACACUACACGCGUGUGAAGAAGGUCCCUCGUGGAGUCCAGUCGUGGGCUGUAGAAACUUUUGAACCAACAAAGCUGAGGCUGAAACGUCUGUAACUGUUCAAAUGGUAUCGGUAAUUGUGCUCAUGCUCUUCUUGUGGGUAAUGUUAAUUUCAUGGAUACUAAUGUCACCAGUAGGGAUUGCUGUUACUUUGGGAUAUGGAAUACAGAAGGGUCAACUAACCACUCUUCAUUCUAGAAUGAAGACAGAGGUACAGGCAAAGACACAAGUAAUAGAAAUUUCUAAUGAAAUUCGGGCUGAGAAUGUAAUGAUUGGAUUGGUCAGAGACUUUGCCAAAAUGCAUAAUACCAGCAGAAUAACGGCCUGUCUGCCAAUACCAAAGGCAGCAGGGGACCCAGUAAGCUGGGGAAUAAUAACGUCAAAAUUACCUGAAAUAGGAGGGAACAAAACAAUUAACUGUAAACAAGUACCAGAGUCAAGGGUGGUGGUCAGAGAGUACUGGAAGAUAACAGAGGAUUCCUAUAUGCAACCCAUGAGAAAGUCAGAGUGCAUUCUUAGUAAUGGCAAAUUGGGACAAAUCAUAGAGUGGUGGGUUAAGGACCAAGACCUUGCAAAAUGGCAAUGUUGGUUUCUACGCUAUCAAAAGAUCAGGGACAACGCUACAGAGAGUGUUGUGGUGUGGAAAUGUGAAGAAAAGGAUUGGAAAGGACUGUAACCUUGGGACAGUGCAUGGUCUAUGAGCAUCCUCCAGAAAUUCCAAUAUAUGGCAAGCACACCCUGGUGCAUUAAAUGGAAAGGCUCUGAAAAUGAGACAGAUCCCACAGUGACGAGUACUGGUACUAGCAGUCAGAAAAAGGCAAAUAAGGUAAUUUGGUGGGUAUGUAAUAAAAUUUAUGAUUGCACCUCUGAUAAUCUGGAAAUAAAACAGUGGUCACCAUUGGCAAUAGCCUUACGAAUAGGUUGUGCCUGCAGGAAAAUUAAACACAAACAAGGCAAAAUAGAUUCCAAGAUUAUAGUAGGAUGUAGCAGGAGUACAAUUCGAAGUCCAGGACCGUUUUUAUGGGCAAUGAGUGAUGGCACAUGGACAACACACUUGCCUAUGGACGGGGAGGUAAGAGAAAUCACCCUGGGCCUUCCCACUUUAUGUCCAAUUUGGAAGAAAUCCCCAUUUAACAGGAGCAGUGGACCCUUGCAAAUAAAAGCAAAACGAGAUGUCUCAGAGGACAAGAACCCAGAUGACACUUGGAAGGAACCCUCUAGUGGAGUAAAGAUUGGGUGGGCCCUAGAAUCCUUGUUUGGUCCCGUUGCAAAUUAUCGAAAUAGAGAAAUGCUAUAUAGACUCACAGGUCAGGUAGACAGAUUAGCAAGAAUCACACGAGAGGGAUUUAGGGAACUCAACAUGCAGUUACAGGCCACCACCAAAAUGACCCUGCAAAAUCGUUUGGCUUUAGAUAUGUUACUUUUGAAAGAACAUGGAGUGUGUGGAUAUUUAAAGGGACAAAUUGACCAUUGCUGCAUCCACAUCCCAAAUGUAACUGCAGAUGGAGAACAUGACAUCAGUCAGUUAAAACAAAUAGAGCAUGAGGCACAAAAGGAACAAAAAGAUUUAGCUACCAGCUGGUUGGGUAAAAUAUUUGAAGGAUUACGAUGGAAUGUGAGUUCAUGGAUAAAGUCUAUCCUUGAAAAUCUGAUAAUUUUACUAAUUAUAUUUUUAGUAAUUUGGUUAGUUUACAGAAUCCUGAAGAGAGAGAUACAGAAAAAGGCAUCUUGGAACCGGACCAUAAUGAAGGCAUUGGCACGGAAUCCAGCACCUUCGAUCCGCAACAACAUCCCGGACAAAGCCUAUGACAACAGAGGAUUUGAAGAUGAACAGCCAGUAUAAACUCUGAAGCUUAAUGGACUGUAUUAAGUGAAAGCAUUUACACUUAGUAUAUUAGAGUGAAAAUACUUUCAAAGGGGGGAAUGAUGGUGGAGGGUUAAAAAAUAUAAUUUCUGUAUAAGUUAACCACAGGGUUAAGUUGAGGUAUGUAUGGGGGGAGGAAGGUAGAGAACGUACAACUGGAACUUGACGCAGCUUGGCUUUGGAACAAGCGUCAGCUUCUGCAACCAGCUCCAUGCCAUUGUAAUGACCGAAUCAAGUGUGACUGCAACUCAGGGGAUAAUUGAGAAGCAUUGUUUUAACCAAAUCAAGUGUGGAUCAGGGUAGAAGCGUAGGUAUGAUUUAAGAUAGUAACUAAGGAAUAGGAUAAUCAGUAUCUAGGAGUGGAGGUUAGUUAACAUGUGUAUAAUUUAAACUAUACAAAUCACAAAGCAACUCUGUAUUUUUGGGGCACAAGAUUUGGGCACUGUAUGCCCCUGUGUCCUCGCGCGCAAAUAAAGAACCGCAUA